AUGAAAAAAGAAGGGGCUCAGGAGAUCGAAGCUGCUAUAGGGACUGUACUCUGUGGAGCUCGAAUUGAUGCUCAACAAUUGAAGUCAAACAAGAAAAGAUCUGAGAACUUAAGGGAAGGAGGAAUUAAUAUUUUGACUACAUUCAAAUACAAUUUGAUUUCAGAUAGAUGUCAGCGGAGAUACAGUGAAUACCGCAAAUCAUCUUUCUCAAAUGGUGCUCCGAGAAAAGCUCUGUUAUCGGCUUAUGGUGCCGCAUUUUCAGACUUGAAUUUUGUUGUGGAACCUAACGAUGUAAUUGUGAUAAAAGAUAGCCCAGCCAUUCUGAAUUGUUCAGCAGCUGGAAAUCCUCCCCCAGUUAUAGAAUGGAAGAAAGAUGGACUUUCAUUAGAUUUUUUAGCUGACGAUAAUAGAAGAACUAUAUUAAGAAAUGGGUCUUUAGCCUUCUCAAGAGUUUUCCAUAGUAGAAUUGAAAGACCUGAUGAAGGUCUCUAUCAGUGCACAGCUUCAAUACCUGGUGUAGGAACAAUUAUAAGCCGAGAAGUGAAGCUUCAAGUUGCAUCACUGCCACCUUUUGACCAGAGCCCAAACCAUACAACAGUCUAUCAACACCAAACUGUAUUUUUUCCAUGUUCAAUUCAAGGCAUUCCACCUGCCACUAUUCGUUGGUUUAAAAAUGAACAGCCACUUUAUAUAGAUCAAACACGAAUGACUAUUUUGCCAAGUGGAGCAUUGGAAAUAGAUGAUGUCACUAAUACAGAUGCAGGCACAUAUCAUUGUACAGCUGUUAGUGCUGGUAAAACUCGAAGAAGUGAGCUUGGGAAUCUCACUGUAAUUGCGGAUUAUGUUGAUGACAGAGAAUCCCCUCCAGCGUUCAUUGCUACUCCUCCAAAAACGACUGUCGUUCAUAAAGGUUCUAACCUCACUCUAGAUUGUGCUGCUAAUGGAAGUCCCAAGCCUAGAAUCGAUUGGUUAAAAGAUGGCUCAGCAAUAGAUUUUUUGCAUUUAGGUAGUAGAUUUCGAAUGUUAGGAUCAGGCAGUCUUAUUGUUGAAAACAUUAUCGAGACCGAUGUUGGAACAUACGUGUGUCGAGCUGCAAACUCUGUAGAUUCUGUUGAUACAAUGGCAUCUGUAGAUGUUGUAGUUCCUCCCCACUUUAUUCGUAAACCUGAAAACAGCUAUGCUCAAGAAAAAGAAGAUAUCAUUUUGCGUUGUGAAGUAUAUGGAAAGCCCAGUCCAAUUGUGCAAUGGUACAAAAAUGGAGAUAGAAUUAUUCAAAGUGACUAUUUUCAAAUACUUCAAGUACAAAAUGAAUACAAUCUGAAGAUUUUAGGACUUGUGAAAACAGAUUCCGGAAUUUAUCAGUGUUACGCUACAAAUUCUGCUGGAAGCAUUCAGUCAACUGCUCAACUAAUAGUAACUGAGUCAGUUUCCUCUGAUUCUACUACCUUUCCUUCUGUUACUUUUUCUCAUUCUGUGAACAUACCAGGAGAGCUUCAGUAUCAUAAAGACGCCCCAUCAGAGCCAGUAAAUGUGACGGCUGUCAUUGUUGAAACUCGGUUCAUCGCUUUAUCUUGGCAGCACCCUUUGCAAAGAAAUGAAGAUAUAAUUGGUUAUUAUAUAUAUUACAGAGAUGAGUCAUCCCCAAGGGAAAGAGUCCUCAACUCAACUGUGAAGAGUGUUAACAUUCAAAGCCUGUUGCCAGAUACUACAUAUUUAUUUCGAGUCAUUGCAUACAACAGCUAUGGACCUGGUCUGUCGUCAAAAAUACUUUCUGUUCGUACUCAGUCUGAUGUUCUUGUGCCUAGUUCUCCAAACUCUCUCCUGGCAAUACCUUUAAGCUCAACAUCAGUUUUAGUUAAAUGGAAACCUCCACAAGAAAUAGAAGACCCAGUUGAACAUUAUAAGCUUUUUUAUGUUGAAUCAGGCAGCUCAGAGGAACAUGAAAUUCCUACAAAAAAUACAAGUUAUGAGUUGCAUAAUUUGAAAAAAUUCACUUCAUAUAUCUUCUGGGUUACUGCAUUCAAUAGUAAUGGACCAGGCUCAAGUACAGAUGAAGUUAAGAUACGAACAUACUCUGAUGUACCAAGUGAGACGCCUCAAAAUGUUUCUUUGGAGCCUGCUAAUUCUACUAGCAUUUAUAUUCGGUGGGAACCACCCCCUCUGGAAUCUCAAAAUGGUAUAAUUACUGGAUACAAAAUUCGAUACAAGCAAAGUGGAAAGAAAGGAGGGGACACCUUUUCAACAGAUGGUAGUCGACGUUCAUAUACUUUAACAGGUUUAGAAAAAGGAGUUCAAUAUAUGGUUAAAAUAGCAGCGUUAUCUGUUAAUGGCACUGGUCCCUUCACAGAGUGGAAAACUGCAGAAACAUAUUACAAUGAUUUAGAUGAAGUUCAAGUUCCUGACAAGCCCAGUUCCUUACGUGCCAGACCAUCCUCAAAUUCCAUUUUUGUUAGCUGGGGUCCUCCUAAGGAUCAAAGUAUCAUUGUUCGAGGAUAUACUAUUGGCUGGGGGAUUGGUUUGCCUGAUGUUUAUUCCAAAACUCUUGAUGCAAAGCACAGAUAUUUUAAUAUUGAAAAUCUUCAACCUUCCAGUGAAUAUGUGAUCAGUCUCAGAGCUUUUAAUCAUGCUGGUGACAGCAUCACCAUUUAUGAAACAGUGAAGACUGAAGUUGAAACAACACCUGAACCAUUUACUCCGAUGUUGCCUCCAGUUGGUUUGAAGGCCAUUGUUUUAUCAUCCUCAACAGUUGUUCUUUAUUGGACUGAUACUACAUUAUCUAGAAAUCAGCUUAUAACAGAUAAUAGAUAUUAUACUGUUCGUUAUACUACAUAUACGUAUUCCCUGAUUCCAAAAUACCGUUUCUUCAAUUCUACUGAUUUAAAUUGUAUGAUUGAGGAUCUGAAACCAAACACGCAGUAUGAGUUUUCUGUGAAAGUGGUGAAAGAGCGUAAAGAAAGUACAUGGAGUAUGAGUGUUUUGAAUACUACUGAAGAAGCUGCUCCAUCAUCUCCACCAAGGGACCUAACAGUUGUGGCAUUGGAAGAUGAUAGUUCAGUAGUUAACCUACACUGGCAACCUCCAAAACAACCAAAUGGCCAUAUAACAGGUUAUGUGAUAUUUUAUACUACUGAUAAAACUCAAAGAGAUAGAGACUGGGUUGUUGAAGGAGUUGUUGGUGAUAAAAUGACUUCCGUUCUCAAAGGACUGAGUUUGGAUACUACAUAUUAUUUUAAAAUACAAGCAAGGAAUAACAAAGGAUAUGGUCCACUUUCAUCUGAAAUAGCAUUUCAUACUGCUGCAGGUUUAGCCCUUGCAUCAGGAUCUGCUCUUUUUGAUAAUAAAGGAUUCACCAGCAGCUUAUGGUAUAUUAUUAUUACUUGCAUUUGUGGAAUUACAUUGCUUGUAAUAAUUGUUGUUAGCGUUGUAGUUUGUCGGCGCCGUAACGGAUAUUUAGCAGCUGAUAAUUUUAAGAGUUAUAAAUCAUCAAAAGGCAAUGCAUCAAAAAAUAAAAAUGCAACAAAAGAAUUAGUGCCUCCAGAUCUUUGGAUACAUCAUGAUCAAAUGGAAUUAAAAUCAAUGGAAAAGUCAAAUGUUUCUGGUUCGAACAUGACACUUACACCUAUUCAGAGAAAUUCUCAGGAUUUGGGUCAAGAACCACUUCUAAGCACAUUAGAAAAGAAGAAAAGUGCCUAUUUAGAUUCCUUACAUGAUGAACUAUUGCCUAACAGUGAUAAAUGCAUUGUAAAAUGUCGUCCAAUUCGUGCAACACCCAUUAAAAUUUCUCUUGAUCAUCAGAAACCACUGUCUAAAGAAACUUCUAUUGUUACUUCUGGCAGUGGGAACAUUGCUCAAAAUGCUUAUGAAAUGGGAACAAAUAGUUUGGGUAGACCUAUGUACCCACGAACUCAGUAUAACAUUCAUCGAACACCAACUUGUCAUGAAGGACAUCAAGCAGUUACACUUGGCGAUCCACCACCACCUCCUCCUCUUUCUGUUAUAUCUCAUGGUCCUACCUCUUCAUAUGAUUUGUCUGAAAACUCUGUACUGGAGAGCAAUAGAUCUGUCACGUUUAUUCCUACCUUGCAUGAAAACCCUGAAUCAGGAAGCUCUAAUACUCUGACAAAGAGGCAAGCAAGUCACCAGCAUUCCUUAAGGAGUUUUACAACACCUACAAUUUCUUCUCAAAGUGUUCCUCCAACGCCUCUGCCCAAGCACAUUUCUCUCAAAAGUUCCCAAGUAUCUAGCCCUCAUAAAAAAGUAACUCUUCAUACACCUGGUGAACUAAACACUGCUCAGUCAUCUCCACAGUCUUCGAAACAUCAUGCAGGAUCUUCUACUUCUGAGUGUUUACAAGAACAUUCCAGUUCUGUAAAUCGUGAAAUGCAAGCCUCAGGAAGCACAGAGCAUCUAAACCAAGAGAUGGCUAAUCAUCUUGAAGGUCUUAUGAAAGACUUAAAUGCAAUUACAGCUUCAGAAUUUCAAUGCUGA